AUGGUUGAUGAAUUCAACGAGUGCGCCGUCUCAAGGAAGAAAUGGUGCCAAACCGCUAACCGUGCUGUAUUCCUCCUGUCUACUAAUGACAAAACCGUCAAAUUUUGGAAGGUUCAAGAAAAGAAGGUGCAGAAAGUUUCUGACAUGAAUAUUGACCCUUCAAACGAAUGGAAAUGGACCUAUCGCAAGUUCAAGCAAUUCUUCGAUGGAGAAACUUUCAUAUCCGCCGAUGAUUUGCGAAUAAAUCUUUGGAACCUGGAAAUUAGCAAUCAAAGUUUUAAUAUUGCCAAUGUAAAGCCUGCAAAUAUGGAGGACCUUACUGAGGUUAUAACAUCAGCAGAAUUUCACCCGACACAUUGUAAUACAUUGGCAUAUAGCAGUUCAAAAGGCUCAAUCCGUCUUGUUGACUUGCGGCAGUCAGCCUUAUGUGAUUCCCAUGCCAAGUUAUUUGAAGAACAGGAGGCCCCUGGGUCCAGAUCGUUUUUCACAGAGAUUAUUGCUUCUAUCUUGGAUAUAAAAUUUGCAAGGAAGAAAACAGUUUGA